ACAUAUCCUAAAAAUAUUUCUUAACACUUUAAACAUGGGAUUUUCCGAUGUUCAACCUAUAUCUAAAUCCUUUGUUAAGCCAAAAUAUGAAGUUGAAGAAUCCAAAAAGCCAUACCACUUAGCUCCACUUGAUCUAAUCAUGCUUUCAUACCAUUACAUCCAAAAUGGUCUCUUAUUCAAAAAGCCAUCACAUCUGAAUAACCAAGAAUUUUCAAUUAAUUCAUUCGUAGACGAUCUUAAAGAGUCACUUUCUUUAACCCUCGUUCAUUUUUACCCAUUAGCAGGUCAACUCAUGAUACAAACUGACAAGGAAAAUCAUCAAUCACGCAUCUUUGUUGAUUGCAACAAAGGCCAAGGUGCUCGAUUUAGCCAUGCCAUCAUAGAUAUAACUAUCGAUGAUAUUUCAUCACCAAAUAACACGUAUAUUCCCUUAGUAGUUCGUUCAUUUUUCGACUACAAUGAGGAACUCGUAAACUAUGAUGGCCAUAAAAAGCCUUUGUUGUCUGUUCAAGUCACUGAGCUUUUAGACGGAAUUUUCAUUGCUUGUUCAAUAAAUCAUUGUAUAGUCGAUGGAACCGCAUAUUGGAACUUUUGGAACGUAUGGUCUGAAAUACAUAGAUCAAAUGGUAACAAAAUUUCAAACUCGCGACUACCUAUUCACAACCGUUGGUUUCCUAACGGAUGUGAUCUUCCAAUCCCACUUCCAUUCACCCAUCGAGAUGAAUUUAUUAAGAAAUUCGAACCUCCUAGUGAUCUAAGAGAGAAAAUCUUUCAUUUUUCAUCUGAUUCCAUAGCAAACUUAAGAUCAAAAGCAAAUGUAGAAAAUAAGGACAAUGAUUCAACUAGCUCGAUCUCUUCCUUCCAAGCAUUAUGUGCACAUGUUUGGAGAGCAAUCGUUCGAGCAAACAAUCUACCUUCGGAUCAAAUUCUUUCGCAUAUUAUGUAUGCAAGUAACAGGCACAGAUUAAACCCACCAUUGCCACAAAACUAUUUUGGUGCCUGUAUUAAGGGGAUUUUGACAAAUACUACAGCCAAAGAAUUGCUCGAAAACCAUUUAGGAUGGGCCGCGUCAUUGCUGCACAAGUCUAUCGUAAAUCUGACAGAUGAAGUUGUCCAUGAGUUUGUUAAAGAUUGGUUGAAAUCUCCGUAUUGUUACCAUCAUGAAGAUUACCAUAACUAUAAUAGUGUUGCAAUGGAACAUUCACCAAGAUUUGAUAUGUAUGGGAAUGAAUUUGGGGUAGGAAGGCCUAUUGCUGUUUAUAAUGGACCUGGAAAUAAAGCUGUAGGAGUAGUGUUCGCUUACCCUGGAUAUGAAGGAGGAGGAAGUGUCGAUUUGGAGUUAUGUUUGCCGAUUGAUUCGAUGAAUGCUCUUGAAAAUGACCAAGAGUUCAUGACUGCUGUUAGCUCUUGAAAAUGACCAGAAAGUUGGAUACGUUUUGGUUCUCAAAUUUUAGUAUACGUUUGUUGUUGGUUAGGUUCUCUGUUAUAUUUUUGCUUUGUUUUGUCAAGUUUUAAAAUAAAAUCAAUGUUUUUUAUCUAUAAAAGCUUAUGUAUGUGAUGGUUGACAUAUUACUAACUGAUUCACAAUAGCAUGAUUAUGAGUAUGACUAUGACUUAUGACUAUGACCAUGAUUGU